AUCGAUACUAUCAUAGUGGAUUAACCCAGCUCUAUUUAGCACGUUGUUUUGAAAAAUCCACCAGAUUCGUUAAUGUUUUCUUAACUGCAACCUGGAGUCAUGGCGAAUGCUUAUUUCGAUGAAUAUGAAAAUUUGGAGAUCCACGAGCUCAUGCUGAAGGAUCGUCCUCGGCAAGAAGCCUACUACAAUGCGAUUUUGGGGAACAAGGAUCUGUUCAAGGACAAAAUCGUAAUGGAUGUUGGUGCCGGCACGGGCAUUCUUUCCGCUUUUUGUGCCAAGGCAGGGGCCCGUUUGGUCUACGCUGUGGAGGCAUCCAAUGUGGCCACCAAAGUUGCUCUGGAUCUGAUUGAAGAAAAUGGGCUGACGAGCGUGGUGAAGGUGAUCCAAUCCCGUGUUGAGGAAUUCGUACUGCCUGCCGAGGCGGAAAAGGUGGACAUCAUAGUAUCCGAGUGGAUGGGCUUCUACCUGCUACACGAGGGCAUGUUGGACUCGGUUCUCCUGGCCCGGGACAGGUUCCUCAAGGCGGGCGGACUCCUGUUCCCCAGCGAGUGCACCAUUUUCGUGGCACCCUGCUCGGUGCCAUCGCUCUUCGACGAUUGGCACAAUGUGGACGGAAUUAAAAUGGACACUUUUGCCAGAAAAUUGAGAACACAAAAGUCAUCCAGGCCGGAGAUUACACAUCUGAAUCCACAAGACCUUCUCCACGAGGGCGUCGUCUUUCACUGGAUGAAUCUGCUGGAUGUGGAGGCCAGCGAUUUGGACAGUAUUCAGUUUAAGGAGGUGAUAACAGCCCAGAAGGCGGGCAACCACCAGGGUUUCUGCAUUUGGUUCGAUGUACGAUUCCCUGGCGAAGAUUUUAUUUUAAGCACAUCCCCACUCUCCACACCAACGCAUUGGAAACAGUGUGUCGUCGUCUUGCCCGAGGAAUCCUGCGAAAAUCUAGAGGAGAAAUCACCCAUUGCGUUUCAGAUCACAAUGAAGCGCAGUGCCGCCGAUAUGCGUAAAUAUAAUCUGGAGGUGGAUUUGCUGGACCCCAACACAGAGGAGCACCCAGUGCCUUGCUCCUGCCAUAUGACGAAGUGCAUUCUGACGGAAGCUCACCUAAAAAUGAUGGACACCUCAUGAGUGUUAUGCUAUCUUCUCGGAAUUCGAACAACGAACUGUUGGGAAAUCACUUUAUUUAACAUGUUUAAUACAAAUACAAUAUAUAUCUCA